AGCAAAUGGGAACGAGAUUUAAAAAGCGCCUACACCCCAGGACUAUUUUUUGAGCUAUCACCUCAAGGCGCGCUCAUCUCAUCAACGGAUCCGUUUAAAACCUAACCUGUAGCAAAUACGAUCAAGAUGUCAACCGUGAUCGAAUCCAAUGAGUCCGCCAUUCCGCCGGAGCAGAAGUACUUUAUAGAAGCAGCAAAGCGGAAGAGAACGGAAGGAACGAAACAGUUUGAGCAAAUUCAUUUUAGCGAAAACGAGAAGCUUCGCAGUCUUGCUGACGAUGUCUUCGCUGAUCAUGCAACGCUCGACAAACUUGCAAGUCCAGUCAGCUCGGGCGACAACGUCAAAUUCCUCAUCUUGGGUGCAGGGAUGGGUGGUAUCGUCAUGGCUGUCAAGCUCCUCAAGCAGGGCAUCACUGCAGACCAGAUCUUAUUGAUCGAGACGGCUGGUGGAGUUGGCGGAACGUGGUACUGGAAUCGUUAUCCUGGACUGCAUUGCGAUGUGGAAGCAUACUGCUACUUACCGUUCCUUGAGGAAACUGGCUAUAUGCCCAAGCAAAAGUACGUUUCAAGUGUCGAGAUUCGGGACUAUCUUGAGGAUGUUGUCAAGAAGUUUGGUUUGGACAGCCGCAUUCUAUUUCGCAGCCAGGCCACUGGUCUCGAGUGGGAUGAGGGUCUCACGGCAUGGAAAGCUGAAUUGAGGACUCAUCGCGGCCCACAGGGAAAGGAGGAAAAGGUAGUAUCGGUACACGCCGACUUUGUCACGAUCGCCACUGGACUAUUCCCGUACCCACAAGUACCGAAAGUACCCGGCCUUGCAGACUUCGAGGGCCCAAUGCUUCACACGGCGCGCUGGAAUUAUGACAUCACUGGCGGUUCUAGCGACACUGCAUUCCCAGAGCUCGAAAAGCUGAAGGGGAAACGCGUUGCCAUCGUUGGCACCGGUGCGACAGCAAUUCAGGUCGUCCCACAACUAGCAAAAUAUGCGAAAGAGUUGUACAUCUUCCAACGCACACCGUCCCAGGUGAACACUCGCGGACAGUGCGAUACAGACGCUACAGAAUGGCGUGAGAAGAUUGCAGCAAAGACUGGUUGGCAGAAAGAUCGUAGGGAGAACUUUGCGGACCACCUCGCAGGUCAUCUGCAGCCUGGUAUUGAUGAUCUCGUUGACGAUGGAUGGACGCAGUUGAAAGCUUAUGGUGCUCUCAUCGGCAGCAAUAGUUUUGGCUUGAUUACGCCUGAUAAAGCUCAGGAGCACAUUGGUACACUCGUGGCACUUGAUUCCGAGCACAACGCGAAGGCUCGCGAGCGAAUACAUCGGAUAGUUCAGGACAAUGAGACAGCCAAGAAACUGACGCCUUGGUAUCCGACCUGGUGCAAGCGACCCACAUUUAGCGACUUGUAUCUGGAGACUUUCAACAGUAGCAACGUACACCUAGUCGAUACAGACGGCAAGGGUAUCGAUAGUGUAACAUCGAAGAGUAUCGUUGCCAAUGGUCAGGACUAUCCCAUCGACAUUCUCAUUUUGAGUACUGGAUAUCGCUCCCCGACUACUGGAGGAGAUCCGGGCUCGCGUAUGGGUAUCAAUAUCCUCGGGCGUAAUGCACGUCGUAUGGCCGACAAAUGGGAAGAACAAGGCUUGAGCACGCUCCACGGAGUUUGUUCGAACGGUUUUCCCAACCUGUUUUUCCAGAGCCCGGCUCAAGCCGCAGCGACUGCCAAUUACUCCCAUGUCAUCGAUGUACUGAGCGAACACAUUGCCUCCAUCAUUGCCAUAGGGCUUCAGCGCGCAUCUGAUAACAAAGCAAAGGUUGUUAUGGAGCCCACUGCUGCUGCAGAGGAUGCAUGGGGUAUGCAGAUUGCGCAAGGCGCAGCCUUCUUCAGUGCAAUGGUUGUAUGCACACCGAGCUAUCUCAAUCUUGAAGGUGAAGCUUUGCAGAUGCCGCCGCCUGAUGACUAUGCGGCAAUGAUGAAGAAAGCAAAGAGUGCAAUCUGGUAUAAAGGAUUGGUGGAUUUCAGCCGCAUGAUCGAAGCAUGGCGAAGUGACGGAAAGUUGGAGGGCGUGGAGAUCAGCGUUAGCGCGUGAGAGCGUCGAGGAAAUAACGGGGAAUCGGUAUAGCAUGGUGCACGGGCGACUGCAAGAGUACUGUUGAAGACGCGCGUUAUGGCUUGGCCUAGAGUUUCAAAGAAUUUGGGGGGCUAGACCGACCAAGAUAACUUCGUUCCGUUUGUGGGUUGAGGUGUACUCUGAGUAGCUAGCUUCACCGGCAAGUAACAAGGUUGGCCAAAAAGUAGCACUACAGGGCGGUUUUGUUUCCGGGUUUAUUUCGUGAGGUUGCCCAAAAAGGCAGACGAAGGUGCUGCGCUUGGAACUCAGGUAUCCUCCAUAGCGGUCACUCCUCGCACUUAAACGCAGUCAGCCGCCUUCAUUAUACCUAUACAUCCUAUCAACUGAAGGCGCU